AUGAGGCAUAGAGCUUGCAUCACAAGCUUCUGGUUAGGCCUCAUCAAAAAUUCUGGCGACAAUUCGAAGUUUAUUAGUUUUCAUAUUGUGUGUUUUUUUAAACAACUAUGUACAACAAUUUUUUAUCCAAACGAUCCCGAUCCUCCGAACGCCGGCUCCAUGACAAGUGAACACCAAAAGCUCAAUAUCUCGAAUAAAUUGCACGAACCGAAACGCUAUUGCUCGUGCCUGGAUUUCAUCAAACUGCUUCCAGGGCAGCAUCAUAUGCUAUGUGGGCUGACCAUCCCUUGUUAUUGUUUCUCUCUCUCAUUCAUGUUCGUCAUCCUCUCUUCUAGCAAGAGAGGAUUUGUUCUUUUUUUUUUUUGUCCUUUCUCAUUUCGUAACUUUGCAACACGCCAGUUUUAA